AUGAUCUCGCGCAACAGGGCGCAAUAUAAAUUCGGCAGAACCCUCGGUGCGGGUACAUACGGUAUUGUCCGCGAGGCCGAGUGUAGCUCGGGGAAGGUCGCCAUCAAGAUUAUUCUCAAGAAGAACGUCAAGGGCAACGAGCGCAUGGUCUACGAUGAGCUGGAGAUGCUCCAGGCCCUUAACCAUCCCCACAUCGUUCACUUUGUGGACUGGUUCGAAUCGAAAGAUAAAUUCUACAUCGUCACUCAGCUGGCGACUGGUGGCGAGCUGUUCGACCGCAUCUGCGAGUACGGCAAGUUCACCGAGAAAGACGCCUCGCAAACAAUCCGACAGGUGCUGGAUGCCGUCAACUACUUGCACGAGCGCAACAUCGUCCACCGAGACUUGAAGCCGGAAAACCUCCUCUACCUGACGCGCGAACCGGAGUCGCCCCUCGUCCUCGCCGAUUUUGGCAUUGCCAAGAUGCUCGAAAACCCCUCCGAAGUUCUCACCACCAUGGCCGGGUCGUUUGGCUACGCCGCUCCGGAAGUCAUGCUUAAACAGGGUCACGGCAAGGCCGUCGACAUGUGGUCCCUCGGUGUGAUCACCUACACGCUUCUAUGCGGUUAUUCGCCCUUCCGAUCGGAGAACCUCUCCGACCUGAUCGAAGAAUGUCGGUCAGGCCGCAUCAUUUUCCACGAUCGGUACUGGCGAGAUGUUUCCCAGGAUGCCAAGGAUUUCAUCAUGACCCUGCUCCAGCCGGACCCCUCCCGCCGGGUCACCUCCGAGGUCGCUCUCAAGCACCCCUGGCUGACCGGUGAGACUGCCAGCGACCGUGAUCUGCUGCCCGAGAUCCGCGCCUACAUCGCUCGCUCCCGUCUGCGCCGGGGCAUCGAGAUCAUCAAGCUCGCCAACCGCAUCGAAGCCCUCAAGAUGCAGGAGGAUGACGACGAUAUCCCCAGCCCGGCCGAUAUGGCCGCUUCUGCUGGCUCUGACGCCGACUCCCCGGCAAAGGGGGAUGCGAAUGGGGGCACCGCUGCUGGCGGUGGUGAACCGGGCACUACCAAGAAGCGGAGUCUGAGCAAGAUCGCGCGCGGGGCGAUCUUCCGCGAGGUGGUCCUCGCCAAGGUCCGUGAGAUGAAGGAUAACGAGGAGCGCGAGCGGCUGGAGCGCGAAGCCAGGGAGAAGGCCCACCCGUAA